CCGCCUCCUUUUUCGUUGUCGUCAUCAAGAAAACCAGUGACUGAAGAAGAAGAAAUUCGAUUCCCUCCUCUGCACAGCAGGCAUGACGAUGCUCAGGCGCUCUGGAGGAUCGGAGUCGGGUCGCUGUCUUCGGCCGUUUCUCCUUCCUCGAUGGCUGGCCGUUGAUCUCUCCUUCAUCUCGGAGCAAUCGUCUCGGAGUCUUGGCCAAGUCGAUAGACACAUGAUUAGCUUGUUCUUGAGCGGGACGAUGCUCGCCGCCAUGAUGUUGAUGUCCACGUGCGUUGAACCUGGACAUGCAGCGCAGCACGGAGCGGGAUUUAAUUUUGGAAUCGAUCUCUCGAGCAGGCCGCUGCCAUUCGACAGGGUUGUGGAAACCUUGCAGACCUCCAAAGCCAACGCCGUAAAGAUUUUCCGUCACAACGCAAAGUUUCUGCAGGCUGUGUCAGGCGUAGACAUACAUGUUGUCGCCGGCAUCGCAAAUGAGCAAAUUCCCAUUCUUGCCAAUGAUUAUGAAGCUGCGAAAGGUUAUAUUAGUGACAAUAUCAAGCCUUUUGUCCCUGCCACCAAGAUCAAAAUAAUAGUGGUGGGCAACGAAGCUAAUGAGCCAUACGCCCUUAAGUUUCUCCCCCAGCUUGUUGCUGCAAUGAGGCACGUGCACAGAGCUGUACAGCACUUCGGUCUGCAAGAGCAGAUCAAGGUGACCCAUCCAUUUAGCUUUGGCAUCAUGGGCACUUCUUACCCUCCAAGUGCGGGUGCUUUUCAGGAUAAGCACAAGCCUAUGCUUGGCGAGCUGCUGCAGUUUCUGGCCGACACGGGGUCCCCUUUCAUGAUCAAUAUUUAUCCAUUUUUAACAGUCGCUCAGAAUGCCGAGAUACCCCUUUCGUAUGCCUUGUACCAGGCUACGCCAGAGCAACACCAAGAGGACGGACAGCACAAGUACACCAACUUGAUGGACGCUAUGGUGGACAGCACACUCGCUGCAAUGGAGAGGGAGGGGUUCCCCAAUCUGCACCUGGAGGUAGGAGAGGUGGGUUGGCCCACCGGAGGGCAUGCCCUGGCAACGGUCGAGAAUGCACGACUUUUCAACACCGGACUGGUAAAACAUAUUCUUAGCAAAAAGGGAACGCCUCGAAGACCUGGAUGGAUGCAAAUGUACAUCUUCGCGCUGCUSGAUGAAGAUCAGAAAUCCACUGACAUAGGACCCUUCGAGCCUUUUUGGGGUGUCUACACCAUGGAAGGGGUUCCCAAGUAUCCGCUCGACUUGACAUCAAGCUAGGAGCCAGAACAACCGCAAGUUAAGCUAUGUUCG